AUCAAACAAAGAGGCAAUCAUUUAAUUAAGGUCCUGCCGGUGUGUAUAAAAUGGCGUCGGUUUAACAGGACCGGUUUAAUUUGCUACCGAGUGCCAAAACAACGACGACGAUGAAAUCUUUAGUUGCAGUUUGUGUCUUCGUCUUUGUGUUCGCCCAGGUUAACGCCCAGACGGACAAGCAAAAAGAACUCCUCGCCAAACACCACAAGGAAUGCCUCGCCAAGUCGCAAGUUUCCCAAAUAACCCUGGACAAAGCCCGCACCGGUGACUUCCAGAACGAUCCCAAACUAGCGGAACACAUCCUAUGCAUCUCGAAGAAGAUCGGUUUCCAAAACGAAGUCGGAGAGUUGCAACGCGAGGUCAUCGAGAGGAAACUCAAAGAGGCUGUCAAAGGGGACGAGACCAAAACCAAGAAACUCAUAACCGAUUGCGUAAUUAACGACGCGAACCCGAAAACGACAGCAGUUAAUGCGUUCAAGUGCAUUUACCAAAAGGCCAACAUCAAUUUGCUCACAAGACGUCUGAUAAGUUACGGCAACAGGUUCGACAUGAAAACAUUAGUGCUGGUUGUUCUUGCGAUCGCCGCUCUCGCCAAGGCUGAGCUGACAGAAGAACAAAAGCAGAAACUGAAAGAGUCCCAUCAGGUGUGCCUGGCUGAAAGUGCGGUCGACGCAGAGCUCAUAACAAAAGCUAGACAAGGCGAUUUCACCGAUGACGACAAACUGAAGAAGUACGCGUUCUGCAUGUCUAGACGUAUCGGAUUCCAGAACGAUGCAGGAGAAAUUCAGGUCGACGUCAUCAAACAGAAAGCUUCCUCUGUGGUGAAAGACCCGGCCGUUCUCGACAAGUUGGUCCAAGAUUGCGCUGUCAAAAGGUCCAGUCCUGAAGAGACCGCGUUCGAAACGUUCAAAUGUUACUACACCAAUACCCCCAAUCACGUCUCUGUAUUCUAAAAUGCCACUCUUGUGAUAAACUCGAUCAGUAUUGAUUAAUUUUAAUGCCUAAUUUCUUAUGAUAUGUUGGAUCGUAUGAUAUAUAAGUCUCUUAACGGUCAA